CAUACCGAAAGUAGGAAAGUAAUAUUGGAUUUAUUUUAUUUUAUUUUUUAGUGGGAAAUACAUUGAAUUAUUAUCUUCAUACGUGUUUUCGUUUGAGCUGAAAUAUGUGUUUACAUUUUCAUACCCUGCUUCCCAUGAUGCUCUCGACCGGGUAAUUCAGAAGGUUGCUCUACACUAAUGUUAUUACUCUUCACAUGGUUGAAAUCAGCGCUGCUUUAACAAAUUCUAACUGUUCUUUGAAAUCUCUUAUGCAGUUUAUUGGACCCCUGUAUAAAUGAGUGGAGAGGACAGAGUACAAUGCGUUUCCCACGCUUUCCUUGGAGAGAUCCUUUCAUUCAAAAUGGUUCAAGCUCAAAUUAUGAGUGGAAAAGGUGAAAGGAAGUCUGAUUUGCACUUUAAAAGAAAGACUUUUAGUCAAGAAGAAAGCAAGUUUGUGUGUACCUCUGAAGGAAAUGCCACUUUCUGCAGCCAUAGUAUGGUGACCACAGAAAUAGUGUGUUUCUCCACUGUUACUGUUUUAGAAAAUGGACUCUCAGAACCCUGUAUCCUGCUGAAACAUAACAGCAAGAAAAGGACAAAUUUCAAAUACUCUUUGUUGCUCUUCCACUGUACAAAUAUACUUGAGCCAUGUUUAGAAUUUAAAUUACAGUAUGAAGUAACUGACAAUGUUACAGUGCUGAAUGGACCAACAGUUCUAUGGACUCAUGGAAACAAUGUUUAUUGUGUAUCUUCAAAAUCAAACAUAAUUUCAAUCAUCCCUGUGUCUUUCUCGUCAGUGAAGUUUAUUGGAGAAAUAAAAACAAAAGGGAUUGCUAUUGUUGGAGUUCGAGAAUGUACAGCAGAAGAGGAACAUGACAGUCAAUCUGACCAGGCUGUUUGGGGUAAUGAAUUGAUUGUGUAUUUCUUGGAAUCCCAAAGUAUAUUUGAUGGAGCUCUGUUUCUGCCUCAUGCAUACAGUGCCGUAGUGACAAAUUUGUUAAUCCUAACUGCCGAAGGCACGGAAGAUAAUCUUGAAACUUCAGUUGUUGCAGCAACCAGCAAAAACCAGUUAAUAUUUUUUGAGGGUGGCACACCAAAAAAAGUCUGCCAACUUCCAUUUGAUGGACCAAUUGACAUACGCCAAGCCACAACAGGUAGAAAUGAGGUUUUGUUUGUUGUGGCGUUUACUUCUGGAAAGGUCUGUGCAGUCCGGAAAGAGUGUUGGCAGGUUGUGUCCAGCUGGCAGAAUGUCCAAGCAAUACACAUUGAUGAUUUUGCUUGCUGUGGGUCAGAUCAGAUUUUAUUAAUUUUUGAGAACUCGUCCGUCAUUGAAGAUAAUUUGGAGAAUUUUACUUUGACAGAUGUUUGUGAGAUUACCUUCACAAGUAACAGUGAAAACUGCAAUUUAAGCAUUGAUAAUACACUACAGGAAAACUACUUUAUCACAAUGCAAGCAUUAGAAGCAAGACUACAGUCUGGCUUGGUCUUAACUGAAGAACUGCAAAAACAAUUGGAAGUCAAAGACCAAAUACUGAUGAAAUCUUCUAAAGCAUUAAUGAAUCUUGUAUAUGGACAAGAGUAUUCCUUGUCAGAUACUGAAGAGGAAAGAUUGGUCUCAUUGUGGGAUGAGGAAAGGUGUUCUCAGAGCUCGAGUUCUGAAAUUCUCUCUGUGCCCAAGAAGAUUCCUGAUCUUGUAGACAAGGUUUGGCAGAGAGUGAUAGGUGACAGCUGGGUUGUGGGAGUGAAUCUGAAAGAUGCAGCUUACUUAUCACUGGAUGACAUAAGUUUAUCACUUUUAAUGGGCAAUGAUAUCAGCACAGCUCCACCUGUGAUCCAGUGGAACAGUAAUAUGCUACAUUUCAGCAACAUUCUGCCUUUUGUGUCAUUUCGUCCAUGCCAGGCAGAGCCGAACCCUAAAAGGAAAAGGUUUGAACCAAGUGCUGCAUUUUCAGGUUCUGCCUAUGAUGAAAGGUCCUUUUCACAAAUCCAAAAGAGUGAGAAAUGGGCAGUUAUUGCUGUUACAGACCUCUCACAUUUCUUGGCUUUUGGUAGCCAAACUUGUACAGUGCUGCUCCAUGCCACUUUGAAGGAAAAUCCUCAGGGUGGUUGGAAAGGAGGAGAUAGAAUUGUAUUCCAAUGCAGUACUAUUCAUUUCAGUAUGGAAGAUGUUGCUCUUGGAAGAUAUUUACCCAAGCAUAUGAUGAACAGUGAGCUCCUGACAGGUGAAGCCUUUGAAGAUUUCUACAGCAUUAUGGCAGUGUCAAAAAAAUGGUGUUUUCAAAUCAUUUCCUACAACCACAUGCUGACUGAUCUUACACAGUGGUUUUCUCAAGCAAUGAAGUGUGAAAAAUUAUCCUUGAAUCCUGAUUAUUACAUCCAUACUAGUUCAGACAUUGCAAACUUAAUUUUGUUUAACUGGGAAGUAAAAACUGCAACAGAAGGCAUUUUACACAUCUUUUGCAGAAAUCAGUCAGCCCUUCUGAAAUGUUUGUAUUCUCUUGACAAGUUUCUUCCUCCCUACUGCAAGAUGAAGUAUCUGAAGUUGAACAGAGAAGGGGACCUGUCAGACAGUUUUGCAAGCUUUUUAGAAAAAGAACUGUUUACCCUCAGAGAUUCACUUUCUUCCUUAGCAGCUGAAAAUAAGCGAAAACGUAAUUUAACUUCAGAAGGCAGAUGUCCAGUCCCUGCCUCUCCUGAAUUUACCCCAGGCUUAGAACAAUACCGAGAGCAAUUUGAGCAGGACCAGAAGUUGAAUAAAGCUGGAAUGAGUCUUUUUGUAAAUGAAAAUGACUACAGUCAAGUUAUGGGAAAAAUACUUGGGGCCCAAAAAGAUACAAAUAAAGUUGUCUGGCAGCUUUCUCAGUCCCAAAUGAACCUGGACAUUUUGCAAAAAUGAAGAACUUAAUAGAGAUUUUUAAUAACUGACAAAUUUCCAUUUUCUUUUUUUUUUUGUUGUAUCACUUACCAGAAUUCUUUAGUAUGUAUUAAUCACAAAAGGUGUGAUUUAUAGUUAUCAUUUUACAAACAAAACCUACUGUUACUGUAAGAAAAGAAUAUUAUAGUACUAUAUGUUUCUGUAUAUCUGCAUUGUGUAAAUGUCCAGUAAAAUGUUUCUAUAUAUUUUUUAUAAUUUGGUUUUAUAGUGAUUUCAAUUCUAAGAUACAUCUUCAGAUGCACUUGGACAC